AUGAUCAAGUUUAUCGAGGAUGCCCUCACAUCAAGCACCAUAGCCUUUGAUGUGGUUGUGUUCGACAAGGCGGCAACGCCGCGGCUCAACCUGACCAACGCGUUCUGGCACGCCAACGGCACCGGCAAGUACCGCGGCUAUUUCAUGUACCCCAAUCUGGAGGCCAUCGGCGACCUGACCAAGGACGAGGUCACCACGCUCUGGGACUACCAAGUGAAGACAGGCGUCCGCAGCGCCAAGUUUGGCGCCUGGGUUGCGACCCUGGGGUUCAACCCCGCCUACGACGCCAGCGGCAGCCAGGACCUGGGUAUGUCCCUGACCGCGGCCGCGCCGCUCGGCACGUCGGGCAUCCCCUUGGACGCCGCACUCAGCGCAAACGGGCUCUGGAGGACCCCCGGCAAGCUGGCCGAGCCCAUGACGUAUUGUGCCAUCUGGGCCAACGACUUUGCCGGCACCGGCAUCAUCCCCCCCUGCACGCCGACACCAAUCCUCACGCUCGCCGCCGCCCCCGCCUUGGGGCCGGCCUGGGCCAACCCCGGCGUCACCGGCGUGCUCGUCAAGUACGGCGACGGCCGUGAGACCAUGGGCUUCGUCCAUGACUGCGCGGACUGGAGCGCCACCUGCGGGACACUCACCAAGCUCGCCACGGACUGGAUGGCCAGCGGCCCUGCGGGCGUGGACACCGCGCCGCCGCCGCCGCCGCCGCCCCCCCGGACCGUAGUAAUUGACCACCGGGUCCUCAUCCUGACGGUUCCCGGUUUCACGUCCACCGACUUCAUCGUCCAGACCCUGACAGCAUACGGCAUACCCCACGACGUCGUACGCUUCGACCAGGACGCGACGCCGCGGCUGGACCUGCAGGCGCUCUUCUGGAACCCCGACGGCACCGGCAGAUACAGCAGCUUCGUCAUGUACCCCAACCUGGAGGCGACCGGCCAGCUGCGCCAGGCGGAGGUCAACCUCAUCUGGGACUACCAGAAGAAGACCGGCGCGCGCAGUGUGAAGUUUGGGGUGUGGCCGUCCAACGUCGGCUGGGACCCGAACUAUGCGGCCUGCAGCGCUGCGGCGGGGACGAUGGGGUUCACCGCUGCGACGCCGCUUGGGAUCUCGGGGAUCAGGGCGACGGCGCAGCUGAGCACGUCGGGGCUGUACAGGUGCCCCGGCAUCAAGGCAACACCCCAGACCUCCUGCGGCAUAUGGGCAGCCGACUUCUCCACCACCGGCCUGGUGCCCGCGUGCACCCCAACCUCCAUCCUCGAGACCCCCGACGGCGUUGUCGGCACGCUUGUCAAAUACGGGGACGGCCGCGAGUCGAUGGCGUUCGUGUUUGACUGCGCCGGUUGGUCGACGUCCUGCGUCCUGCUGUCGCACCUGGCCGUGACCUGGAUGACUCAGGGCGUCAUCGCGGGGGAGCGCCGCGCCCUGCUGUCUGUGCAGAUGGAUGACGUGUUCCUUGGGACGGAGGCCGACAACAAGACGUACCGCUGCAGCGUGGCGGACUGGAACGCGCAGGUCAAGUAUCAGGAGCAGACAGUCGCCGGCUGGCCCAACACGCCGCCGGGCACAGACAUCAAGCUGGAGAUGCCAUGGAACGGCAACGGCAUUUUGGAGAUGGCGGAGAACAAGGGGCUUACCACCUCCCUGGAGGUCUUCAGCGAAGGCUGCUUUGAUUUCCCAGAGUACUUCACCCUCGGCUGCAGCUGCUGGUCGGUCGGCGCUGCCAACUGCCCUGCAUCAGCGCCGCAGUUCUGCCGGCAGUGCAUCAAGGAUUGGGCCAAGCCGGCCGGCUACGGCGCAAAUCGCGUGCCUGCGAACCUGGACAAUGCCACCACAUAUGAUGCCGAGAAGCAGAUCGGACUCAACGUGCUCAUGGCGGCGGCGGCGCACCUCAACCUGGCCAGCAAGCCCACCUCCAGCAACAAGUGCAUGGUGACGCCCCAGAUCAGCGGCCUCAUGAACGGCGACGCGCUGCGCGCGCUGAGGGCGGCCGGCCUGGAGUGCGCGACGGGCGACAACACGUGGGAGCACCUGAAGAACCAGCAGCACCCAUACCAGAUGCUGUACUCCAACGCGGCAAGGAAUGGCUACGAUGGCUUCGCCUUCCUGCCGCGCUUUGCCACUGAGAUCUACUACAAUUGCACCAACGCCGCCCAGAUCGAGCGCUUGUACAACAACCUUUACCAGCCUUACUACGGGUCCUACUCGACCAUCGCUGACAUCAUCAAGCGCGAGGCGGUGCGGGUAGUGAGGGAGGGGCUGCUCGCCCUCAAGCACGACCCAUACAUGAUGCACCAGGCCAACCUGGCCGUCGACUCCACAGGGCAAAGCCUGGCUAUGCGCUGGAUCACCGGGGUCCUUAAUGAGUUCCACGCCCUAGUCAACUGGCCUGUGCAGUCCAAAAAGCUUGAUGAUCUCUACGCCAUCUUCAAGGAGCGAGAGGCACGCGACGCCUGCAAGCUCUCCUACAAAAUUGAGAUUGCACCCAACAAGCAGGUGCAAGCCGUGACUAUCACCAGCGGCGGCGGCGCGUGCGACGCCCCGCUCACGGUCCCCGCCACAACGACCGCCAGCGCGGGGGCCGCCCAGAGGAUCGGCAACGACGCGCCGGCCUACAAGAUCCCGCUUGCGGCUGGCGGAAGCGCAAGGGUCACCCUCUCGGGCGGCCCGACCUGGAGCCUCCCGUGA